ACUCAGAACCAGUGAAGAUGUUGAACGAUUUGAUGGAGAAGAAGAGUGGCGACAAGUUGGAGAAUGUGGAUUGGGAGGAUGUUUUCCUCCUCUCUGAUGAUAACGAGUGGCCACUACUAAAGACUCCACGAUUCAAGGAAACGAUGACAGAAUACCGAUCUGAGUUGAGGAAACUGGGCGAGAAAGUGAUGGAAGCCAUGGAUGAGAACUUGGGCUUGCCAAAGGGAUACAUCAAGAAAGCAUUCAACGGUGGAGAUGGUGAAAAAGCCUUCUUUGGCACCAAGGUCAGCCAUUACCCACCAUGUCCUCAUCCCGACAAGGUGAUCGGACUUCGGGCCCACACCGAUGCCGGAGGUGUCAUCUUACUCUAUCAAGACGACAAAGUUGGAGGACUUCAGAUCCUCAAAGAUGGACAAUGGAUUGAUGUCCAACCAAUGCCCAAUUCCAUUGUCAUCAACACCGGUGACCAGAUCGAGGUGUUGAGCAAUGGGACGUACAAGAGUGUUUGGCACAGGGUUUUGGCCAAACUGGAUGGGAACAGAAGGUCGAUUGCUUCGUUCUACAAUCCGUCGCUCGACGCAACCAUAGCUCCUGCAAAAGAACUAGUUAUGGAAAAGGUGAACCAUGAAGAGGAUGAAGAAGUUGCUUAUCCUAAGUAUGUGUUUGGGGACUACAUGUCAGUCUAUGCUGAGCAGAAGUUCCUUCCUAAGGAACCAAGGUUCCUUGCUGUGAAGGCCGUGUGAUUAUGUGAUUGAUAUAUCAUCAAGAAUGGAUAUUGAGCUGCUAUAUAUAGCUUAUCAUGAGCUAGCUUAAAGCUUAAGUGGUUAGGACUUUGUGUGUUGUUUUGAGUGCUUUUAAUUGAACUUCUUGUUGAGGUUUGCUUUGUACAUUAGCACAUGUAAACUGUACUUCUCAUCAUUUCCUUGAAUGGAAGUGAAAAUGGAAAAGAAGUGAAAGUAUUACGGUACUUCCUUCUAAAAUUUACUGUUUAAUUGUGUUUUCGUUUUC